UUAUUUUGAAACGCUUCCUCCUCGGACCCAAACGCGCCGUUGAGCGGUCGGGCCUAAUUAGGGCUUUCUAAAGUUAGAAUUAAAACCGCUGGGACUAAGCAAAAACAUGGGCCUUUAGCUACACCCGGUCUCGAGAAUUAGAUGGUGAUCUGAGCAGGUUGUGUGUCGUCGCAGAGCACAACUCGUCGUCACGGAGGAGAUUGUUAUGACAUUCUCUUUGUCUCGCGCUGCGCAAACACAAGACCACCUUUCUCGCUGAAAGAGCCUUUAGAUAAGCGAAUCUAGGUAUUGCUAACGACCCGAUUCUACCAGUUUCUCACCGAUCGAGGGAUUGAAUCAUGUCGUUGCACGGUAAACGAAAAGAGAUCUACAAAUAUGAGGCGCCGUGGACGGUCUACGCGAUGAACUGGAGCGUCAGACCCGACAAGCGCUUUCGGCUGGCCCUCGGCAGCUUCGUCGAGGAAUACAACAACAAGGUCCAGCUGGUGGGUCUCGAGGAGGAGAGCUCAGAGUUUGUGUGCAGGAACACCUUCGACCAUCCGUACCCCACCACCAAGAUCAUGUGGAUCCCCGACACCAAGGGCGUCUAUCCGGACCUGCUGGCCACCAGCGGAGACUACCUGCGCAUUUGGAGGGUGAAUGACACAGAGACCCGUCUGGAGUGUCUCCUGAAUAAUAACAAGAACUCUGAUUUCUGUGCACCUCUCACCUCUUUUGACUGGAAUGAAGUGGAUCCCAAUCUCCUGGGCACUUCUAGUAUUGAUACCACCUGUACGAUCUGGGGUUUGGAGACAGGACAGGUCCUAGGAAGGGUCAACCUGGUGUCAGGCCACGUCAAAACACAGCUGAUAGCUCAUGACAAGGAGGUGUAUGACAUUGCUUUCAGCCGUGCGGGUGGAGGUCGUGAUAUGUUUGCGUCUGUGGGAGCAGACGGAUCCGUGCGCAUGUUUGAUCUGCGACACCUGGAGCACAGCACCAUCAUCUACGAGGACCCUCAACAUCACCCGCUGCUGCGCCUGUGCUGGAACAAACAGGACCCCAACUACCUGGCCACUAUGGCCAUGGAUGGCAUGGAGGUGGUGAUUCUGGAUGUGCGUGUGCCGUGCACACCUGUGGCUCGUCUCAAUAAUCAUCGUGCCUGUGUGAACGGCAUCGCAUGGGCGCCCCACUCCUCCUGUCACAUAUGUACAGCAGUAGCGGACGAUCACCAGGCUCUGAUCUGGGACAUCCAGCAGAUGCCGCGGGCCAUCGAGGACCCCAUCCUGGCUUACACGGCCGAGGGAGAGAUCAAUAACGUGCAGUGGGCCUCCACUCAGCCCGACUGGAUUGCCAUAUGCUACAACAACUGUCUGGAGAUCCUGCGGGUGUAGAGCCGGGGCUUCCUGUGGGCAGCGUUGCUGGAAGAGAGUCCUUCACGGAGCAGAGACUUGUUUUCUAAAGCUCCUGAGGUCUGGGGGUUUCAAGCAGGAAACUGUAUGAACGGGCCUAUGGGAACAACCGUCGGAACUAUGUGUGUGCAACUUGGGUCUGGGAGAAUGAAGCAGUGUGAAUGAGUAUCUGUGUUUCUGCACAAUAUAUAUAUUAUAUUUGUCUGUUUUCCUACUUGCCGGUGUCCCAGAGUCCUCAUGAUGGGAUCUUAAACACAACUGUAAUUACUAUGAUUGUAUGGCCAUUUGUGUAGGGAAAGAGAGAUGUUUAUUCUGAAAACUAGGCUCAGAAAGAUGUAAAAUUGCCAACAUGGACAAUACAAAACUACCAUUUUAUUAAGAUGGUAUUAUUUCAAGAUGAAUACAACUUUAAAGGUCCUCUGAACCUUUUUUCAUGUGAGGAAGGUGCCAUUUUCUUUUUCUUUGGUAUCCCUGGAAAUGGUUAAAUAGUAUGGAGAUAAAACGCUUGACAUCACUGCAAAUCAUUCAGAAUUGUUCCUCAGACCCGCUCACGACUCGUAUAGCGGUAAUGUUUGAGUGGGCAAGGUCUUUUUCAUUUAAAGAUGCAUUACUAUUAUGUUUUUCCCCAUUGUUCUUUUUCAUUAAAACAAGUUCGUCCCCUUUCAGCAUGCUUGUGCUCGAAGUGAAACGUGUACUGUAUACAGGUAUAAAUAUGAUGUACAAGGUAGGACAAAAGUGUCACUUUUUUCUGAAUAACUGCAUUGCGAGUCAUUUGGUCGGUCCGUGCGACUGUUCUGUUGUUUCACAAAUAUGAUGUAGUAGUAACGCCACACUUUUGGGUCGAAUCAAAAGUGAGUUUGCGAGGCUGCGUGGGAUCGUCCUCCUCACCUCACACUCUUAGAUGGACUGUUUAAAUGGAAGUAGUUCUGUGUGUGUCCUGCCAUGAUGCUUUUCUAUUAAUAAACUCACUUAAUAAACUCUUGUUCUU